AUGGAGGGAAUGGGGGAAGGGGAAGGGGAAGGGGAAGGGGGCGAGAUAGGGAGAGGUGGGUGGGGGAUGGGGGAGGUGGCCGAGGGGACGGGGGAUGGGGAAGGGGAUGAGGGCAGGGGGCAAGGGGGAGGAGGGUGGGGACAGGGGUGGGGGGCGAGGGGGAUGAGGAUGGGGCAGGGGCAGGGUAAAGGGGGUGGGGGCUCGGAAGGGGAAGAGGAGGGACGGGGGCGGUUUCAUAGGAGGCAAGGGGAGGUAGCGAGAUCGGGAGGAGAAAAUGAAGGAGGAGGUGUGGAGUGGGGGGUGUCGGUCAAGUGA